GAUUAGGGGAAAAGCAAGAAUCAAAUAACCUAAAAUCUCCUCUUCCAGAUCUAUAGCAUUAAUGACACUGCCAGGGCUUGAAAGGAGUAUUUCCUUGUGGACUGGUACUGUGCAAACUUUCCACCCUUGUUACAGAAAACAGCUGGAGGCAGCGCUACCCUGGGAGCUCUCGGAGGCUGGACAGAGAUAAAGGACUCCUUUUCUCUUUGCUGCUAGAGCAAUUAGCAUACCUGCCCGCCAUCAUUAACACAAAGAACACAAAAUAAAUAACUUCAAAUAAGUAUAAUAAGAAUAAAAUAUAAAAAUAUGUAGGUAAAAGGCAGGCAUCUGUCCCAGCCUCACUGUUUCUGAGGUGCUUGUUUGAAGGUAGGCAUCUCCUUUGAUCCCUUGUAAACGAUUACGUCCCUGUCUUUGGAAAUGCUCAAUUGUUUCAUUGUUUCUGGAAGUUACAGCUCUCCUUUAGCUUGCAGUUGGAAACUUGGCCUAAAUGACAGCUGUGCAGGCCUCUCCCCGGCUUGGCCCAGCGGGAGCCCUAAUGUACUUCAUUCAGGGCUGGGAGCUGCUUUUAAUCUAUCAGCACGACUUCGCAGCUGCUGUUAGCUAGUCAAAAACUGUGUGUGCACAGGGCUUAGCGUCUGUAACCCUUUCUGUACUGUGCUGUCUUUCAGGGAAUAGAAGCAGGCAAGCAAAGCUCCUGAUCCACGUGCCAACCCUCAGGACAGUGUACAGCCACAUAUACUACAGCACGUGCACAGCCACAUAUACUACAGCACGUGCACAGCCACAUAUACUACAGCACGUGCAGAGCCACAUAUGCUACAGCAACAGCACAGCAAAGCAGAGGACAGAAUGGAGCAUCACCAGGUCCAGCACUCGCAGGCAUUGGGAAGCAGAGGACAGCAUGGAGCAUCACCAGGUCCAGCACUCACAGGCAUUGGGAAGCAGAGGACAGCAUGGAACAUCACCAGGUCCAGCACUCGCAGGCAUUGGGAAGCAGAGGACAGCAUGGAGCAUCACCAGGUCCAGCACUCGCAGACAUUGGGAAGCAGAAGACCGCAUGGAGCAUCACCAGGUCCAGCACUCGCAGGCAUUGGGAAGCAGAGGACAGAAUGGAGCAUCACCAGGUCCAGCACUCGCAGGCAUUGGGAAGCAGAGGACAGCAUGGAGCAUCACCAGGUCCAGCACUCACAGGCAUUGGGAAGCAGAGGACAGCAUGGAACAUCACCAGGUCCAGCACUCGCAGGCAUUGGGAAGCAGAGGACAGCAUGGAGCAUCACCAGGUCCAGCACUCGCAGGCAUUGGGAAGCAGAGGACAGCAUGGAGCAUCACCAGGUCCAGCACUCGCAGGCAUUGGGAAGCAGAGGACAGCAUGGAGCAUCACCAGGUCCAGCACUCGCAGGCAUUGGGAAGCAGAGGACAGCAUGGAGCAUCACCAGGUCCAGCACUCGCAGGCAUUGGGAAGCGGAGGACAGCAUGGAGCAUCACCAGGUCCAGCACUCGCAGGCAUUGGGAAGCAGAGGACAGCAUGGUGCAUUACCAGGUCCAGCACUCGCAGGCAUUGGGAAGCCGAGGACAGCAUGGAGCAUCACCAGGUCCAGCACUCACAGGCAUUGGGAAGCCGAGGACAGCAUGGAGCAUCACCAGGUCCAGCACUCGCAGGCAUUGGGAAGCCGAGGACAGCAUGGAGCAUCACCAGGUCCAGCACUCGCAGGCAUUGGGAAGCAGAGGACAGCAUGGUGCAUUACCAGGUCCAGCACUCCCAGACAUUUGGAAGGAAAUGUAUGGUACUAGACAAGCAUGCUACACUUUAAGAAGGAUUUAUUUUUUUGUUUUAUUUUUUUAAAAGGUCCCUCUGCAAAAUUCAUGGAUGCAGCUAUCUGUGCUCCACUUCCACAUCACAGUACAGCACCUUGUUGCCUCAAACUCAAUUAGCAGGUCUAGUUCUGCCUGGCUGCAUUUAAACAAUUAUUUGAGACAAGGUGUAGCGCUUGACAUCCUUCACUCCAUCAAUAUCAAUAUUUUAUUUUCACAGGAGAUGCACCCAUUAACCCUUUAAGAAAAGACAUUACAGGGCUGUAUCUCUAUUCCUUUGUGCAUUUUACAACAUAAAAAAAAUGUAUGAGACUAAUACUCACACACACACACACACACACACACACAACGAAGUGCAGCAACUUUAACGGGAGACUAAUAACAGGCUGUCUGAGAAGUGCUGAAAAACUUCAGCGAGGCGGGUAAGACUGGGAGAAAAUCAAAGGUUUGGCAAUACGGACAAAGGUUAUUAAUGUAGUGGGAGGCAAACAAGAGGGGAGAAAACAGAGCAGCUUACUCUGCAACACAUCUAAAAACAGGUGGGUGGAAAGCAAGUGAAAUCUUGAAGCCGAUUUCUACACCACUAACAGAGAGAGGCAGCUAAGAGACACACACAGGGCUGACUGACUUACUCAUUUUCCUAAAAAGAGCCGUCAACAAAUACUUGAGCUCACCAUGCAACUGUGAUGACCAGGAGAUUGAUAUUUGCUUGUCAUUUCAAACCAGCUUCUUCUAAUACAUAAUCAACAUCAUCCUUCUAUUCAGUGUGUGUCGUUUUAUUGCCUCCUUUACAUACUGUUACAUCAAAGGAUUACAAAUAAGGGAAAUAAAACACAGCCUCAAGGAAAGAAGUAAAAUAAGAUUAAGAAACAGAAGACAGUGUGACAGAGUACAGUGCACUGUGAAGUUAAACUGACACAUUGACACAGAACCUGGAGCCUUAUGCAUUCUUCAGCAAUCAUGUACUUCCCAAAGGUUUUUACUCACUGCAAAAAUCUGGAGUCUUACUUUAACUAACAAAAGAGUUAAAUGCGAUCUGCUGCUACAGACAUCAACAUAAAUAAAGAGGUAUCCAGAUCAACAGCUCUGCCCCGGAGGGACUUGGAGAGUGGGAGGGGAGAGAGGGAUGUACAAUCACCAAAUAGAAAUAGGUAAAGUUCUUAGAAUGUGCCCCCUGAGGCAUGAAGAACCACACUCUCAGAUAUCAAAUCCCUCCAGCGAAAUUCACACCACAAGACAAAAAGAACAAAAUACAGUAUAUAUUUAUAUAUACAAAAAACAGGAACAUUUUGCAUACAACAAGAUCCCAACAAGUCAUCCUAGGAUUUUCAGCAGGAUCCUGCUGCAAGAAGCUCAUUUCCUGAUUGGAGGGAAGGAGGUUUGUGCCUGGACUAGUACUGCUUUUCUUUUUCCAUCCCUUUCUCUGAGGACAAAGCUCCCUGCUCCCAGGAGUUCAUCAGUACCCUGCGCUACGCUCCAGACUCCCCAGGCGUUCAUCAGUACCCUGCGCUACGCUCCAGACUCCCCGGGCGUUCAUCAGUACCCUGCGCUACGCUCCAGACUCCCCGGGCGUUCAUCAGUACCCUGCGCUACGCUCCAGACUCCCCGGGCGUUCAUCAGUACCCUGCGCUACGCUCCAGACUCCCCGGGCGUUCAUCAGUACCCUGCGCUACGCUCCAGACUCCCCGGGCGUUCAUCAGUACCCUGCGCUACGCUCCAGACUCCCCGGGCGUUCAUCAGUACCCUGCGCUACGCUCCAGACUCCCCGGGCGUUCAUCAGUACCCUGCGCUACGCUCCAGACUCCCCGGGCGUUCAUCAGUACCCUGCGCUACGCUCCAGACUCCCCGGGCGUUCAUCAGUACCCUGCGCUACGCUCCAGACUCCCCGGGCGUUCAUCAGUACCCUGCGCUACGCUCCAGACUCCCCGGGCGUUCAUCAGUACCCUGCGCUACGCUCCAGACUCUCCGGGCGUUCAUCAGUAUCCUGCGCUACGCUCCAGACUCCCCGGGCGUUCAUCAGUACCCUGCGCUAAACUCCAGCCACCCCCACCUCCCUUUUCCAUUGUAAUUCCCUUCCUCUGCCGAGUGUGGAUGAAGAAACAGGGUCCUGUGGAAGAGAGGAGGGACUAUUGUACAAGGGUACUGGUACAAAACAGAAGAUCAUCCAUUGCUGGUUAAAGAAACAACUGAUAAGAGACAGGUUGUGAGCCUCGAAGAGGCAGAUGCACCUCUCUUCAUCCAAGUACAGAUCAUGUAAUGAAGUGCUUUACUGGAUUAAGACGUGCAACACUUGUAAAAAGUGACAGCAAAUCACUGUGCCGAAGCGCUGGUAACACUGCACAUGGAGAACCAGACAGAGCAAAUCAUAAUCUCGAGACCAGGCACAGACCUGCAGGCUGAAACCAUGCAGGCAGUCAUAUUGUGCAGAACUCUGGAAAACAGAAAAAACACCUGUUAAAUGUCCAGGACUGACAAGAAAUCAAUAGGAGAACCCUGCUGCCCCAGGUCAGUGAGCCGGGGCCAGUUAGAAAUGUCCCCCCCCGCCCUCUCUAUUAGCGUCUGUACUGCUGGAUAAAAGUGCCGUACAUGAGACUCAUUCAGGCAAAAGCACCUCCCCCAAUUCCCUAUUUAGAAUCUCUGCUCCCAUCCCCACUGCCCCGGACAAGCUCACAACUGCAGCACCUCACUUUGAUUUUCAUAUUGCUGUUGUUUCUUAUUACUGUGUAAAAAAAUUUAAAAAAAUUAAAAAAAAGUGCAGUGAGUGUUGAUGUGUGAGGCAGGGAUGAGAGGACUAAAACAUGCUGCUUUCCUCGUCAGUCUUCUCGCAUGAGUUACCACUAUCAGACAGAGAGAGAGAGA